CGCGAUGGUUCUUUCCAGUGAUGGUGGCUGCUGCAUGGUGAAGGAGAAUCCAACGUGGAUAAACAACACACACAGUUUGUGGAUUUAAACGAUUUUUCCGCCGUAACAGCUUCUCGUAAAUACAUUUUUGUGGAGAUUUGAACCGGAUCCGUCGAAGAAACCCGUCAGAAAGUCCGUAAACAAGAUGCCUCAUCGAAAGAAGAAAUCGUUCAUUGAGAAGAAGAAGGCUGUGACCUUCCACCUCGUCCACAGAAGUCAGAGGGACCCGCUGGCUGCAGAUGAGAAAGCCCCGCAGCACGUCCUCCUGCCUGCCUCAAAAGUGGAAGCAGACAAGAGACGGGAAGAACAGAGGGAGUUCGGAGUCUUCUUCGACGACGACUACGAUUACCUGCAGCACCUGAAGGAGGCGUCCGCCCCGGCUGAGCUGGUGGCGGCCGGUGGACCCUCGUUCGCCAACAGAGAACUCCUCCACGAUGAAGACGAGGAGGAGGAGGAGGAGGAGGAGGAGGAGGAGAGAGGCACGAAGAAGGACGUUCCUGCCGCCACCAUCAACCUGCCGUCCUCUGUGUUCGCCUCAGAGUUUGAAGAGGAGGUUGGACUUCUGAACAAAGCCGCUCCCAUUUCAGGCCCCCGGCUGGACAUGGACCCCGACAUUGUGGCCGCUCUGGAUGAAGACUUUGACUACGACGACCCCGACAACCUCCUGGAGGACGACUUCAUCGUGAAAGCAAACUGCGCCGCUGGAGCUCCGGGCGCAGAAGGAGACGACGACGACGACGAUGAAUGGGAGGAUACAGACGAGGAGGAAGGCGACUUUGACUCAGAGGGCGGUUUCUCGGGUGACGAGGACAUGGACGGGGACAUGACCCGCGGCCGAGAGUUCCUCUUCAUGGACGAGGAGACGAAGAGUCGCUUCACGGAGUACUCUCUGACCUCGUCCGUGAUGAGGAGGAACGAGCAGCUCAGUCUGCUGGACGACCGCUUCGAAAAGUUCUACGAACAGUUCGACGACGACGAGAUCGGAGCCCUGGACAACGCUGAGCUGGAGGGCUUCAUCGAACCGGACAGCGCUCGCCUGGAGGAGGUCAUCAAAGACUACUUCAGACAGAAGGAGAAAGAGUCCCUGAGGCCUGAAGAUCUGGGUCCUAAAGAGCUUCCUGUCCUGAAGGAGGAGGAGGAAGACGAGGAGGAGGAAGAGAUGGAAACUGUUGUUAUGGGGGCUCCAGAUGAGAAGUGGGACUGUGAAACCAUCAUCAGUACAUAUUCCAACAUAUACAACAGACCCAAAGUCAUAGAAGAACCGACAAAGUCGAAGCCGAUCCGUGUGUCCACUAAGACGGGCAUCCCGCUGGACGUCCUCCCCUCCAGGGGGAUGACGGCGAAGCAGGAGGAGCGCAUGACGAGGAUCAACGACUCGGACCUGCCCCGCGUCUCCACCCUGCCCCGAAACAAAGAGGAGAGCAAAGAGGAGAGGAGGGCGAGGAAGCAGGCCGUCAAGGAGGAGAGGAAGGAGAGGAGAGUCGAGAAGAAAGCCAACAAGAUGGCGUUCAAGGAAGAGAAAGUCCGGCAGGAGAAGCAAAUGUUGAGCCUGAGGACAAACGUUCAAGGCCUGAAGCUUUAGUAGCCGACCGUCGGCUCGGACUCUUUACCCGUGGACGGUGGUUUCGUUGCUGCUCUUCAGUUCGGUGGAGCAGGAUGAGAAACGAGCCCGAGAAAGAGGACUCGACUCCACUGGAAAUAAAAUAAAAAAUUUUAAAAAAAAGGUGGAGAAGGAGAGCAGCUCAGGACGCCGAGCUCUAACAACAACACCAGCUGUGGACCGAAAACCAGUUUAUCUAAAGUUGCGAUCAGACCUCAGUUUAAAAUCAGCUUUGACACCUGUGAACUAUUUAUUUUCUCAAACAGUUGCACAUUCAUAAACAACACCCAGAGAACAUUUAGGUAAACGCACUCGUUUGUGUUCUUUCUUGCUGAGUUGCUGCGUUCUCUGCCUGUGUGUGUGUGUGUGUGUGUGUGUGUGUGUGUGUGUGUGUGUGUGUGUGUGUGUGUGUGUGUGUGUGUGUGUGUGUGUGUGUGUGUUUUUUUAAAUAAAUAGAAAUGAGACGUAAUGUGUUUAUUUGUGAGCUUUAAGAUCCAUUGACUUCUAUCAAAACAUACGUUUCUUAUUUUGGUUUUUCUAUAUUCAAAGACUAAACUAAUUGCACCAUCCCUCUACGUGGUUACCUGUGCAACCUUUUGACCGUGGCACAGGUGCUUAAAUUCAGGGAUUAAGUAUUGAGAAGCCGAUUACUGUUUAACGGUCAGUGAACUCAACUGUAGUGUGACUCAUCAGGACUGGAAAGGCGUGUUUUGCUCAGUUUAAAAAGAUUGAGCCUGGCAAGAAAACCUGGCAAGAAAUCGACUAUUUCCAAAUGUUUUUCUGCCUACGUUGCAUUCUGCUGGUGGUUUUUCAUGUUAAAACAGAUGAAUCACAAAUAAUGGCUUUUGUGUCUCUUGGCUCGAAGCAGAAUUAUUGCACAUCCUUAAAACAUUUUUCCAGCUCAUUUUAGUUCAGGUGGAAAAGAACCAGAAUGAACAUGAGUUAACUACUAUUGCAAAACAUGUAAACUGGAAAUUUCCUUAAGUCAUUUCUGCAAUUUCUGGUUUAGUUCUGUCAGUUUUGAGUUAUGGCCACGCGUUUACUAAAGGUUUGUGUCAACCCUUUCUGGUUGACCUAUUACAUCUUAUAAUAAACAACUGGAGUCAGUCAUGUGUCAGACCGGCAUUUAAACAACAACAACCAGAAGGAUAAUAGUACAACUUUUUAAUCUUGUACGUAAUUUGCUCACUGCUUUUGGUUCAGGUAAGAUGGCGCCAUCCCUCAGACGGUACUUCUACCUUCUUAUUCUUCUGCGACCUUUUUUCUUGGAUGUUUUUUCUGUUCUGGGUUCACAGGCCAGCGCUUUGGUUGUGAAGCAUACGCACACACACUGUCUAGUCAAAGUCUGAUUAAGGCGUAUACAUGCCGGAGAAAAUCAAUUUCCAAUCUCAUUAUCUGGGCGUCUUAAUCAGAUAAGGAGAAUUCAGAUUUUAUAAACAGAAACUUAAUUGUCCAGUUAAAGUCGAAUUAAGGCAAUAACUCGUUUUUUUUUUUUCUCUCUCGUGCAUGUAAACGUACUGUGUAUAUCCCUAAAAAUCUUCAUCUUUUCCAGCAAUAUUGAAGAGGUUUGUGUUUAAAGGGCUCUGGUGUAAAACAAAACACAGGUUUAUUCCCCUGUAUAUUCUAUAUAACUUGAUCUCAAGUUAAAACUUUAACCACAUAACUUGGAGUUAAUAAAUUGAUACGAUUUGUCUGUUUAUUAAAAAACAAAUCUUUCUUCA